AAUACCUAAUUAAUAAUUUGCCAAUAAUUGCUUGUCGUACUCCGAUCAACAAAGCCGAUAGUCGAACUAGCCGCGGAAAACUGCACCGCCGAGCUUUGACCACUUUGCGGGUGCUUCUGCGUGCUUUCUACUUCUGCUUCCCCGUCGAUUUAUUUUCUCUCCCCAGUCCAGAUUCCCAGCAGUCCUCGAGCCAAUUGUCCCUGGUCGCACAGUGCACGCCUGCAAAAUGAGCGUUCUAUCCACCGAAUCCCUCCGCAGCAUCGUCAUUCCCUCGGCUCUGCUGAUUGUCGGCACCGCCGUCGUCAAGCAGGAAUGGCUUCCCUACGCCGUUGCGCUGGCUGCUGUGCUCUCUGUCUUCAGGGCCUUGACUAGCCGCCCUCGCAAGGUGCUCAACCCAACCGAGUUCCAAGAUUUCGUCCUCAAGGAGAAGACCCUGGUCUCUCACAAUGUCGCCAUCUACCGAUUCUCCCUCCCUCGCUCUACCGAUAUCCUGGGUCUCCCCAUCGGCCAGCACAUCUCCCUGCAAGCCGAGAUCGGCGGCAACCCCAAGCCCGUUGUCCGCUCCUAUACCCCUAUCUCCUCCGACAAUGAGGCCGGCUACUUCGACCUGCUCGUCAAGACCUACCCGCAAGGCAAUAUCUCCAAGUACCUCGACGAUCUCAAGGUCGGCCAGACCAUGAAGGUGCGCGGUCCCAAGGGCGCCAUGGUCUACACCCCCAACAUGUCUCGACGCAUUGGCAUGAUUGCGGGUGGAACAGGCAUUACACCCAUGCUGCAAAUCAUCAAGGCGAUCAUCCGCAAUCGUCCCCGCAAUGGCGGAAAUGACUCCACGGAGAUUAAUUUGAUUUUUGCCAAUGUGAACCCCGACGAUAUUCUGCUGAAAGAGGAAUUGGACAAAUUGGCUGCCGAGGACGACAAGUUCAGCAUCCACUACGUCUUGAACAACCCUCCCGAGGGCUGGAAGGGUGGUGUUGGCUUUGUUACUGGAGACAUGAUCAAGGAACGUCUUCCUGCGCCUGCGAGUGAUAUCAAGAUUCUCCUCUGCGGCCCCCCUCCAAUGAUCUCCGCUAUGAAGAAGGCUACCGAGGCUCUGGGCUAUACCAAGGCCAACGCCGUCAGCAAGCUCCACGACCAGGUCUUUGCAUUCUAGCUGCAAACACUUGUAUUACACGUUAAUAUACGUUGUUUGAUUCGAUCUGACGAGAUGAUGACUAGAUGGGUUUAUUGGCUUGUCACACAUAGCAAUUUCGACAUUUCAGUUCCUUUACGGAGUUAAUGCCAAAGAAAAUGUUCCUGU